UUCAUAUGGUUGGAGCCAAGAGGAUUUUAUUAAUUGGCAGGCUUAAAGGUUGCGUUAUCCUUGCUAUGGCGGAGGCAUUGCCAGUUGAUGGAAGAAUAACUGCAUGUGCAACAGAGCCAUAUCUUGGAGUGAAAAGCCAGGAAGCGUCUGAUUACUCAUCUCAUGUCAAACAGAUAAGUGUGAAAGUGGGACCCACAGCAGCCACUCUGGAGGAGUUAGUGGCUGUGGGCGAACACUUUGAUAUAGUUUUUAUUGAUGCUGCUCAAAGAAAUGCCGUUAACGACUACAACUUUGUCAUGGAUAACCACUUGCUGAGAAUGGAUGGAGUGAUCUGUGUGGAGAAUACUCUCAUGAAAGGACAAGUCUACCUGGAGAACAUAUCUGAUGAAAAUGUAUUAGCUGUCAGAAAAUUAAAUAAUGUAAUUAAUUCAGAUCCUCGCGUUGAGCAGGUUAUUUUACCUGUGCAAGGCGGAAUGAGUGUCAUCCGAAGGAGCCGUGCGCACGCAGAUAGGGUGAUUAAAUCAAAGAAAGAACUGGUGAAAGAUGAUGUCUUUUGGGGCUAUAACAGAUGUCACAUCCUUGAUCGCCUGCGUUUGGAUGGCAAAGUGGCCUAUGUAACAGGUGGAGGCCAGGGGAUAGGAAGAGCCUUUGCUCAUGCAUUGGGGGAAGCAGGUGCUAAGAUAGCCAUUGUUGAUCUGGUACUUGCAAAGGCAGAAGUGGUAGCAGAAGAGCUCAGCCUGAAAGGGAUAAAAAGCAUUGCAUUGGCAGCAGAUGUAAGCAAACCUGAAGAUGUGCAAAGGAUUCUGGAUGCGAUUGUAGCUAGGUGGGGCACAGUUCAUAUUGCCUGUAACAAUGCUGGAAUUAACAUGAAUUCUGCAAGUGAAGACACUUCACUAGAAGAAUGGGACAAAACUUUUAACGUUAAUUUACGAGGCUUGUUUUUGUGCUGCCAAGCUGCAGGCCGCAUUAUGCUGAAGCAAGGAUAUGGGAAGAUAAUUAACACAGCAUCUAUGGCAAGUUUAAUAGUGCCUCACCCGCAGAAGCAGUUAGCAUACAACGCCUCAAAAGCUGGGGUCGUAAAAUUAACACAGACAUUAGGAACUGAAUGGAUUGACAGGGGAGUAAGAGUCAACUGCAUUUCCCCGGGAAUUGUAGACACGCCGCUCAUCCAUUCUGAAGAUCUGAAGCCUCUGGUACAGCGCUGGCUAACAGAUAUUCCUGCUGGGAAGCUGGCUCAAGUGACAGACCUGCAGGCGGCUGUAGUAUACCUGGCAUCUGAAGCUUCAGAUUACAUGACAGGCCACAAUUUGGCCAUAGAGGGUGGUCAAAGCUUGUGGUAGAAAAGAACGGAGCAGCUUUCUUCGUUGUAGCACUUCUAAUGCAUGAGCACAAGAGUGGGAAGUAGACAGGAAAGAAUCCUGAUUCUCACCAUAGUCUACAAGCGAAGAUGUGCCCAGAGAAUUCUGAGUUCCUCGCAGAAUUGGGUUCUUUACAUGUAAAUAAAAUAAAAUAAAAAUAUAUCUUUUCAAAAGUGUGUGCAUAAAACACUUCAGAAAACAGAUAAGGUAGUUAAACCAGUGCUUCCUUGUUUAAAAUGUUGUUUGAAGACCUGUCUACUCAUCUAGUCUAGAAAUAAUUUUGUAGGAAAAAUGUAUGUAAUCCUUUAUUUUCACGAAUUUUUUGAGACUUUACAUUCUGCAUUCAAUCUUUGUGAAGUUAGUACUUAAAAGAAUGUAGGUAAGUUUACAAUAGCUAAGGCCUCAGCUGGUGUUUAGUUUAACCGGGGGAACAUUUUUUUUAAAGCAAACAUUAGUUGGUCUGUGCUGCAUGCUUUUUUGGGGGUGUUUUUUAUUCAUGUUGUAUCAGUGAUAUCUGUGAAUUGUUUAACUUCCCCACGCCUCCCUCCCGAAUAUUAAAUGUGACCUCACAAAAUAAAUUGAUUGCAUUUGA